AUGCGAGCGGCUUUGAUGUGGACAAUUAAUGAAUUUCCUGCAUAUGGCAUGUUGUCUGGAUGGGGUACACAUGGUAAAAUGGGAUGUCCGCAUUGUAUGAAUCACACAAAAGCGUUUACUUUGGACUUUGGUGGGAAAAGUUCGUGGUUUGACUGUCAUCGUAGUUUCUUACCUACCAACCAUGAAUUUAGAAGGAAUAAAGAUGCUUUUAGAAAAGGAAUAAAAGUAAAAGAUCUAUCUCCCCCUCGAUUGUCAUCGACUCAAGUAUGGAAUAAUGUUUGUGACCUACCAAAAUUCACAGACUAUGGUGAAGCACGUAGAAUUAAAGGAUAUGGGGUUGACCAUAAUCGGACAAAAAGAAGUAUCUUUUGGGACCUCCCAUAUUGGAAGGAUAAUUGGUUGCUUCAUAAUCUUGAUGUUAUGCAUAUUGAGAAGAACGUUUUUGAUAAUGUGCUUAACACGGUGAUGGAUAAUGAGAAGACAAAAGAAAAUGAGAAGGCUAGGAAAGACAUGGAACUUUUGUGUAAUCGAAAAGAAUUGGAGUUGAAACCUCGACCAAACGGAAAAUUAUUAAAACCCAAGGCUUGUUACACUCUUACUCCCCAAGAAGCAAAAGCUGUAUGUCGGUGGUUAAAUGAAUUGAGGAUGCCUGGUGGUUAUUCUUCUAACCUAGCAAGAUGUGUUGAUGCCAACACUAGGAAAUUGCAUGGAAUGAAAAGUCACGGUUGUCAUAUUUUCAUGGAACGAUUACUUCCAAUUGCAUUUAGUUCACUGCCCAAGAAUGUGCUUAAUCCACUAACUGAGAUCAGUCAAUUUUUUAAAGACAUUUGUGCUUCAACUUUAAGAGUAGACAACAUCAUUAAAUUGGACCGAAAUAUUCCUGUCAUUCUUUGCAAGUUGGAGCAAAUAUUCCCGCCAGGUUUCUUUGAUUCUAUGGAGCAUCUCCCUGUGCAUCUUGCUUAUGAAGCUUUUCUAGGUGGACCUGUUCAAUAUAGAUGGAUGUAUCCAUUUGAGCGAUUCAUGGGUGAUUCAAAGCGAUCAGUUAAAAAUAAGGCACGAGUUGAGGGAUCAAUUUGUGCACAUUAUAUACAUCGCGAAACAUCACAUUUUUGCUCUCAUUAUUUCAAUCACAUGAUGUUGUCUCCAAGAAUCAUAAGGAACGAAGUUCACUUCAAUGAAAGAAGUAAAUUUACCUUAUCAGUUUUCGGUCGUCCAGGCCAUCCCGCAGGGAAGAAGAGUGAGCAUUGGCUUUCACAAAAAGAAAUGCAAUAUGCUCAUGUUCAUGUGCUGAUUAACUGCGUUGAAGUUAAACCAUAUCCUGAGGCAUUUGGUACCUACUAUUAUCAAAGCACAGGCGAACAACCAUCGACUGGUUACACACAUGCCUAUUUUCCAACAUGGUUUAAGCAGCAAUUAUCAUGUAUUGUUACACCAAGUCCUGACUUAAUACAUUUGCGAAAUUUUUCUGAAGGCCCUAGUCAACGUGUAAAUGAAUGGAACACAUAUUUUGUAAACGGUUACAAAUUUCACACUGAGGAAUGGAGUGUAGGGAAGAAAACCGUAAACACUGGUGUAGUCGUAAAAGGAGUUACAGAGGGUGGUGAGGACGACUUCUAUGGGGUUAUCACACAUAUUUACGAGUUGGUUUAUAAUUAUAUGGACUCGGAAAAUAAAGUUGUCUUAUUUUAUUGUGAUUGGUAUGAUCCAUCUUCUAGAGGAACAAAAAUUGAUAAAAAGUAUAACACUGUUGAGAUUCGAAGAGAUAGAAAGUACAAAGAGUAUGACCCUUUCAUUAUGGCACAUAAUGUUAGGCAAUUUUAUUAUGUACCUUAUCCUUCAAUUACCCCACGGAAACGAGAAUGGUGUGUUGUAAUCAAGUCCAACCCAAUGGGUCACAAUGAGACUGAUGAGUUAAUGGAAGAUGUUGCAUACCAACAUGAUGAGAUUUCACCUGUUAAUGAGGUAAUUGAAACCGAGGAGAUUGUAAGUUUGUGUGAUACUGCAGUUGAGGGUCAACAAGUUGACGCAAGUAUCUUGUUGUCAACAAAUCCUAUGGAAGAAGAGCAUGAAGAGUUAAGAGAGUCUGAAGACAAUAAUAUCAGAUGCGAUGAAGACAACUAA